AUGCGGUUUAAGGUAGAAAUACCUCGAAUGUCACGCAGGUCUGAUCCUGCAGAGCUCAAGAUAUUAGUAUUGGUAAUCACAUGAUUUCGAGUGCAAUUUGGAAUAAAUAAGCACGUGUAAUUUUUUUUAAAGACUAACAAAAUUAUCAUAAUUAUGCAGAAGCAAAGUGCGUGCAUCAUCAUCAUCAUAUUUUAUUUGCCUUAUUUACACAAUACAAAAAAUAUAUUUACAGCGGUUAUAGCUAGAAGGCGAGGAGACCCAGGAAGUCACCGGGCUUAUGGGAGAGCCACCUCACUUACAUUAAUAAAUAAAGUAUAGAAAAAGUGCCGCGAAUGUGCAGCUAAGCCAAUUCAGUAAUUAUUUUAGUAAAAACUCUUGAAUUUUCGUCAUAAAACCAGGAAGGUUUGACGAACGAGUGACUGAAACAGGAAGAGAGUUCCAAAUUUUAGGAUCUUGUUAAAGAAUUGUAAAUUGCUCGAGAUUUGUGCGGCACAAAUGCGUUCGAUAAUUACUAGCUAUUCUGGUACCAUAGUUGUGAAUUUGGCUAUUCGUUACAAAAAGAUUGAGAAGCAAUAGAGGCAAUAAGUUAUUUCUGUAAUAAAACAUGAAUUUGGCGAUUUCAAACGUAUUGACUUGGAAAAUAUCUGAAAUUCCUAGUUUGGAGGACAAAGGAGCGGAAUGGGUUCGGUAGUCUGCGUUGGUGAUAGCCCGCACAGCUCGCUUUUGCAAGUAGUAAAUUCUAUUUAAGUUAGAUACGUAUGUGGACGACCAGGCACAGGUACAAUAGACGAUAUAAGGACUUAUUACACCCAUUUUGAAAUCACUGGUGGUCCCUGUAAUCUGAUUGGCUCUAAUUGAUGCGAUUUUAUUCACAAAUCGCACCAUUUUUUGCUUUAAAUCGCAUCUUUUUCUCAGUCAAUGAGGAGGCUACACUAAAAACAAAACAACCAGUUAGAUUUUAAGGCUCGUUUAAAGUAACCGAUCAAAUCGCAGGAAAAUGAAAGACAAGGAGAGUAUCAUGUGGCAAAUUUUGCAACUUUUGUUUCUUAACUCUUACUUUUUCUCCCCAAAAAAUGGACAUGAAUUUAAUUUCAGACCGGCUCAGUACUUCAUCAAAAAAAUAUUUGAACAGACCAAGUCCUGUAUUUGGCCGAUUUCAAAAUGGAUGUAAUAAAGUGGUAAUUGAACCUCGUGUCGUGCAAUUUUGGUCUGAAAUCAUACUUGUGAUUUCAAAUCGAACUCGUGCUGCGCGCUCGUUCGAUUUUGAAAAUCACGCGUAUGGUUUCAGCCCAAAUUGCACUCCACUCAGUGCAAUUACUAUUAUAAAUUGAGGUGUAGUACAAAGUGAGUUUGGUUGUAGAGGAUGGGAAAAAGCGAGACCUGAAUAUAAUACUUAUUGAUUUAACGAUUUGUUUACUUACAUAGCUGAUAUGGUGUUUCCAGGUGAGAUAAUCAUCAAUAUAGACCCCAAGGAAUUUAGUUAUGUUAGAUUGUUGUAGAAGUUUACCUCCAAAGGAGAGAGAAAUGCUGGAGUUAAGUUUCUUCUGUCUGGGUUUAAAAAUUACGUAGUUAGUUUUCUGUAUAUUAACUGAGAGCUUAUUGCAUUUUAGGCAAACAUCAAUAUUUUGGAGUUCAUUAUUAAGUACGAAUUCUAAGCAAUUUGGGUUUGAGUGAGAAUAAAAGAUGCUGGUGUCAUCAGCGAAAAGCAGAGGGUCUUUUAAUUCAGAGGCAUUAGGGAGGUCAUUUAUGUAUAGAAUGAACAAUAGAGGGCCUAAAAUUGAACCUUAAGGGACACCACACUGGAUGGUUUGCAUUGGAGAGCAAGCUUCACGGAACCCGAUGAACUAACCCUCCUUUCCGCAAAUUUGUUUCCAUCAUCAAUAAUGUUACGCUCUUAUAGAGCACAGCGGUUUUGAGCGACAAACUCGACAUUUCCUUGCGACCAUCAAAAUCAACUGGACAAACCCGGCUUGAUAUAUUGCGUGACGUGAUUGUGCUAGGUUUUCCCCUUGCCAUAUGGCCUGUUUCGCGGGUUCUACAAAUCGAAACUAAUAUUAGUUAGUGUAACGAAUUAGAAUCGAAAGUUAUUAAAAUGGACUGAAGAAUUUUUACAUUUUAAUGAGAAUUUUAACUUUUAAAAAGGUUUAUUUGAUUCAUGGAAAGUAAAGAUUGGAGUGGCUUUGGGUAUUUCAGCCCUGAUUUCUUUCCUAGAAUACCAGGACGACGUAUCAAGUCAUUUGAAGUACUACCAGCUAUGAUAGUUGCUAUCCAGCGAAAUCCUCGAGUACAAGUUAAUUUUUUUUCGUUCCGUUCAUUUUGACCACGAUAUGGAAAAAAUAUAGCAGUUAUUGGUAUGUUCUAAAAAAACCUAACACUUUAGGAAAUAUUGGAAAUGGGGUGAAAGUACUUGUUAACAGCCACAGCACAAGGGAAAAUGUGAGGAAGUGAAAGGAAGCCAGACUGACCGGAGAUGUUUUCGAAGUUUUCGGAAUUAAAGUUGUAGUCGGAACAUUUCUCGAGAGUGAAGGCUAUCAUUAAACUAAAAAUUGAUUCGUAAGUGGCUAUCUGGGCUUUCUGCACUAGCAGACAAAACCAGAGUUCUCUUGAAAAAAUGUGUCAAGACGAAUAUUUGUCUCGAUUUUGCAUCCGCUUAAAAUUUCAAAACUGUCAAAUUUCGUCAGCGCUUGGUCUGCUCAUGAGACCAGCUGACAUAGAUUGCCAAUGGACUCAAACUCCAGUUUCCAGGAUUCAUCGUUCGUCGUUCCAAAGUUUUAAAAUCCACGAGUUUCGCGACAGAAGAACGUUAAAGCCUUCCAGGGAAAUUUUAGUGAUUCAAUAACAAGCUGGUGGCAGCUUUUACGACAAAUGGCGAUGAAAACUCAAUCUCCUUUCACUGCCUCACAUUCUUCUUUUUGUUCUGGAUGCUAAAAAAUAGUGUCCUCUCAGGUGUUCUGGGGUUUAGAACAUACCACUAACUGUUUUAUUUUUUCCAAAUCAGGGCUGAAAUACCCAAAGCCACUCCAAUCUUUGCUUUCCAUGAAUCAAAUAAACAUUUAAACGAUAAAAUUAUCAUGAAAAUGUAAAAUUCUUUGGUCCAUUUGAAUAACUUUCGAUUCUAACUCGUUACAUUAACUAAUUUUGGUUCCAACUUGUAGAAUAAACGUGGAAUUUAUUGGAAAUUCACUGUCUGUUGCCGUUCCUUCGAAAGUUAAAAAGUGUUUGCGGGCCUGUGCGACUCUUGUUAUUCCUCCGUGACAAAUUCGUUGUUAGGAGGCAAUUGAAGAGAUUCAGAAAGAAUCGAAACUGUAGUCUUGCCCGAGAAUCUAUUCAUUUGGCAGCAGUUUCACACACAGCCGAUGGCUGUGUGAAUAAUAUCAAAUUCGCGAGUCAUUUAACGGGGAGUCGUCCCCUCUCCUCUGUGGGAGAGACUGAUACUUAAAAAAAAAAAAUAGCGCGCACACAUGAAAAUAUUACCUUUUGUAACAAAAUCUCACCUGGUGUCACAGCGGAUUUGGACCCCCGAUCCAAAUUUAACUUAACAUAGUUCAGUACGCCAAUGGUUACUACCAACAAACCUGACUUUGAUUGACGCAUGAGUUAAAUUACCGAGUUAUCAACACUACUUUGCGACCUGACGGCGGUACUCAGAAGUCUUAUCUUGUUUUCAUAAAUUCAGAAGAAAGGACCUUAAGGUAAGUUAGCUCGCUUAGUAAAAUAUUAUUUGAUUACAUGUCACAUAGAUCAACUGGAAAGGACUUCACUUUAAGUACCACGAAUACGAAAACUUCGACUUAGUGUUAUCCUGAAUAAACCUGAAUCUCGUCAGAGAUAUCCUGCCUUUGAAGUUUUUCCCCCUUCCUCAUUAAUUGAGUGAUAAACGAAACAAUAGGUCGCCUAGAGCUAAGAGUCUACUUUCGACGGCAGUAUUUUUUUCUAGAUGGAGAUAAAGAUUUUUCUUUACUUAAUGAUGUUUUAUCCCAUUGCGAGUUUUAAAAAGGCUUUUAUGGACUGAAAUCACUCGUUAAACUUAAGUUAGCCGUAUAAGUCUCGUUAUUUUUUAGACCGCUCCAUGUUAAUUCUAAGGUCGAAUUUUCGAAUUUUCGAUGGCCGGUUAUUCUAGAAGUUCGCCGAAACCACAACAUGUUUUUAUGUUUUCAUGCCCUUCUACCAUAUUUUAGUCAGACACUUCACACUUCACACUUUAUUAUUUCACACUGUUUACAGUAAAAAUAACUUAACAUAACAUGAUUUACAAUGACAUAGAAGAAAUACAGACAGAAAUUAACUAGAAGAAAGAAUAUUUCAUCGUGUACAGUGACCAAUGAGCUUUCGAGUUGGUCACUGUCGUGUAGAUGUGAGUUGGGGUUAGCCGCAUGUUAAGUAUAAUUUAAAUUAAUAGUUACACUAAAGACGAUAUUGUUAUUGUAAGAGAAGAAAGACAUACAUAAAUGCAAGGUAGAAUAAAAGGAAAACUGCAUAUUGUGAAACAUUAUCUUAUAACAGUUAAACUAUGGUCAGUUCUGAGUACUCAAUAAGAAUCUUUUAUACCGCUUUUUGAAUAGCAUGUAUGGAAAACGUUUAAAUUCAGGUGGUACAGAUUCCCAGAUUUUUAUUGCAGAGAAUUUAAAUGUAGACAUACCAUAAUUAGUGCAUACUGAUGGCUUAAAUAAGUUUUUAUUCGUAACAUAACUGGUAUUAUAUGGGUGAAUCUCUGAUGCAGGUGUGAGAAUAUUGAGUAGCACAGCUGGGGUGUUACUUUUGUCAUUCUUAAGUUUAUAUGUAAAAAUUUAUACUUUUAGUCUGUAAAUAUUUUCAAGUUUCAAGAUUCCAAGAAGAUUAUAAUAGGGGUUGACAUGUUCUCUGCCAUGAGCAAAGAACAUGCUUCGUAUAAAUCUAUUCUGCUUAGUGCAGAUUUUAUUCAAUCUAGUUUUGUAAGCAGCACCCCAGCUGGCAAGACCAUAGUUUAAGCAUGGAUAAAAAAGGGUAUAAUAUAUCUGUUUGAGCAUAUGAUAGAGCAUUUAUCAGUCUGGAUAAACAUAUCGUGGGAAAGAAGUUGGAAUUUUGCGCUGAGCCGAGAUAAAAAGUUGCAUAUUUCCGGUCAUGACGGAAGCGUCAAAGUAGGUGUCAAACAAAAUUGCAUUGAAAGAAAUCUUUCUAUGCUUUGUUCUCAUUUAGAUCAAAGGGUUUAUCUAAAUAUGCGAAGCAAAAAAACCCCUCAAACUCGAAUUUUGUGAAAAGACGAGCUCGGCAAUUUGUGCCAGUUUUGAUAUUCGGUGUUAAUAAAAAAACUAGCGUUUGAGCGCUAAAGCGAUUUUCGCGUAGAAAAUAAUUAUUUUGCUAUAUUUACAAAAACCAAGGUGAAUAAGGUAGAUUCCUGAGCAAAGUUUGAGAGAAAUCGAUUUUUCAACCCGAAACGCACCGGACCGGUUUUUAGAGAGACUACGUCUUAAAUGCGGAGCCUGCAAAGUUGGCUUGCUCUUGGUAAGUUUAUCAUCAUUAACAUUUUGUCGAAGAGCCCUCGCCAGAAUGAAAAUUAUCAUCGCAGGCAUUAAUCAAAGGGAUGAAUUAGCGCUUAAAGUUACGGGUCUUCCAAGUGCUUGGUUUCUGUGUUUGUACAUUGAAUUCACUUCACACUCAAGGUGCAUCCCAGUGUUAGGGAGUACAAUGAUGUCUAUGGUAUGACGGGGAAACCUUAGGAAAAGGGUAAGUUGAGUUACAAUCGCUCUCAUGGAAAGCAGUGAUACAUCUUGAGGCUUAUGUCACUUUUGAGGAACUUUUUUGUUUUAAAUUAUAUUAUGUGAGGUUAACAGUCCCGAAUCAGUGCAAGUCAAGUUAAGUGCGAUUGAAAUUAAAGUCCAGAUUACUCUACUCCUAGAAAACUUUGAGCAGGACAUCAGACUUUUAAUGAAUGAUUUGUCAAACUUAUUUAGAGCGAAAGAAUCGAUGGCGCGAGACUAUUCAGAUAACUAAUAAAGUCGAAAAUUUGAAUAUGAAACAUUAAUUGAAGUCAUACUGCGGUCCAUUCUUCAUUGGACAAAAUUUCCAGACAACAUCUCCAAACUAUUUGUAUACGAAGAAAACCGAACAAAUGUUUUCCGCUCACACAGCAACGUUCGUCAACGGCGGCAGCCAGAUUUGAAUGGACCUUAAUCAUCAUACCAGGAGCUUAAUUAAACCGCCAAAAAAUUGAAGGAGCAUUAAUGCUAUCUUUUUCUCUAUCUCGGAGAAUUUGUCCACCAAAAGACCAAGUUAAUUUCUAGAAUCGCUUGACACUUCUAAACAAACACUCUAUAUUCUUAAGAGGUUUGAAGGAACCAUUUAGUGCACUUUGGAGAAAAUUUUCUGACUGCCGGGCAUUUAGCCUUUUCGAAACCGUGCCCGGCAGUCUGAUCAGAAGCGUCGACAACCGAGCAAUAUCAUGGUGUGCACAAGCUCGAAGAAUUUGUCUACUAAAAGACCAAGUUAAUUUUUUGAAUCGCUUAAUAUUUCUCAGCAAACAUCUGAUGUUCCUACGAAGUUUGAAGGAACCUUAAUCUCGGUGGAAAUUCUGUGAAAAAUUAUGACUGCCGGGUAUUUCGUCUUCUUGACAUGAGAUGACCUAAAUCCACCUAAAACCACCCACAACCACCUUCAAAAUACUGUUUUUAUCAUUUUGUGACAAUUUUGUUGACAAAUGUAAAUACACACGGGAAAUGUUGUCUUGUUUUGCGGGCUCCGAUCAAUAGUGAAAACUAAUACUCCUGAAAAUUAACUCAUUGUCUGCGACAUUUGCCCAUCCAGUGGGUCGCAUGACCAAGGAAAACACAAAGAAAAUUGUUUUCAUAGGAGUAGCACCAAGAGCCUUAAGGCUUUUCGAGAUCAGUGCUUUCGAGGUCUGAGUUUUCAAGGUUUGCUUUUUUCAACGUCUGACAGAAGUCAAUGGGACACCAAGCAGGUAGUCGGAGGUUUAAUGAGGUUGCGUAAUAUAACAUCAGGGAUGAUGUGUUUCAGGGAAAUCCGAGUAAUCCUAACCAUCUGAAAUUGCUUCAAAUCGGGCUGCGGAGCGAGCGUACAACAAAGAAAACAAAACAGUUUUAUGAUAAGUUGGUAUAUUAUUCAGAGAAAAAAUGAAAUUGACUGAGAAUAGGAAACCACGGAAAGUACAGUGACAUUUGGAGCGAUGGUGUGAUAAACAGAACUUGCAAAUCUCGCGAGAUGCAUGUAGCUUAUAAACUCCCUAAAAUUACCGCACUUACAAGCAUCAUCUUUACGAGUCUUAAACGUGAAAAAGAUCGAGUCAAUCAGCUCUCGGAACCCACGACAUGCUGGCAUUAAUUUGUUCCGAUUUUAGUUCUUGGCUUACCCUUUCUAUCCUGGGUGCCAGAGGCUUUAAUUUUCAUGCGCGGUUUCCAGUUUCGGUUAGUCUUGACCCGCGCGAGAAGCCUGUGGAAAGGAGCGCCGUUCAUUUGAUGGAGGGCGCUUAUCAGUUAAUGUUUCAAAUCGAUUGAAGGCUCAAGUAUUUUCGAAAUUAUUGAUUGUAGGUGGUUUUAGGUGGUUUUAGGUGGUUUUAGGUGGUUUUAGGUGGUUUUAGGUGGUUUUAGGUCAUCCAUAUUUUAGUGCUUACACUUCUCGAGACCGCGUACGGCUACCGGGCAUUUAGUCAUAGCGUUUUCGAAAAGCUCCGUUUUCAACUUGUUUUCUAUCCCCAGAGUUUUGAAAUUUAUUUUGAAAAUGCGCUUUCAAAACUUUCAACAUAAGUCCCUUUUAAUUCAGCGUGGUGAAGACAGGACUCUUGGGAAAUUUUGUGAUCCUCUCGUUUCAAAAUACGAUAUCUGUCUUAUUAUACAGGAACAUCGUUAAGUCGAUUUUUUUUUCUAUAUUUAGAAUUCUCUCAAAACCUAUUCGCUCGUGCAAUAGAUAUGGCUUGCAAUUAGCAAGGAACGGCAAUAUUACUGGUGUCUUGGUGAAAUUCUGGUUAAUGAGACAAAGUUGCAAGGUAAGCUACAUAGAGUCGCAGCUUCCUUAAAUUGUUAUCUCACGGCCACUUACAAACCUAAUACUUUUUACACGAAAUUGUCAGUACGAUUCUAUCCAUAUAGAUUUUGAUUACAAGGUCGAUUACAGGCUGUUUUGACAUUUUGUAUAUGUAUAGUUUCGCUAAAAGCUUUGAUUGAGUGGGGUAGAUCACAGGAGAUGUGCUAAAACGCAGACUGCACACCGUGAAGACCGUACAAACCGUGGAAACCGUACAAACCGUGGAAACUGCGCUCUGUUGGCUCGAGAAUUUCGACUGUCGACUUCGAUAGGUAUCCAAUUUUCACAGUAUUACGCGGUUCUUUUCAGCCAGAGAAAAAAAUGACAUUUUCUCGCUUAUGAAAUUUUAUUUUACGUCUCAGUGGACGUUAAAUGACCAAUGAAACCUAUUCGGUUCUGUGACUUCUGAGGUCAAAAAUUGAUUCGAACUCGUGCUCGAAGGUGAAGAAUUAGAAGACCAGGCGUCGACGCAAGAAACAGAAAAGUUUAAUGUUUGCACUUUAUAUUAACAAAAAAUUCUGGUCCGCUCUUCUCCUGGUAAUGUUCGCGUUUAUUGGUUACCAUUAUUGAUUAAUUGACCAUUCUGUUUUAGGCUAUAUCAUUUUAGGCUAUAUGAAAGUCAUGAGCUUCUACAUCAUUUUAGGCUAUAUGAAAGUCAUGAGCCUCUACAAAACACCGUGACUUAUUGGAUUUUUUGUAAUUUUACAACCCCUAGAAGGCAACUUAGUUCUGAAAUACUGGAACAACAUGCGGAGACGUGUGACAAUUGUGUUGAACGUGCUAAUUAUGGCUAACAAUUUUGUAGGUCUUAAGUGAUGGCAUCAAAAGGAGGUUACAGGAAAAUCUCUGGUGAUGAAGAUAAAAAAGUCAGUUUUGUAUCUUCUCUUUUUUUUCUUUGGAUGAACGGAGUCCUUAAGGAAGGCAGUCAAAGACCUUUGGAUCAAAAUGACUUUUUACCCUUAUCAGACGAGAACUCUGGCCGUUUUGUCACCGACAAGCUUCAGAAGAUCUGGGAGAGCGAGAAACAUGACUGCAAGAUGAAUGGGAAAAGGCCCAGACUUUGGAAAAGCGUGUUUGAUAUGCUUUCUGUCAAAGAUAUCAUCAUCAUUUUGACGGGGAAUAUAUUGUCUACAACUUCUCGCCUUCUCUUUCCACUGUUUCUCGGGUAUCUUGUUUCUAAGCUUAUGUCAACUGAGACAGAUAAUACUUAUCCACUCUACGCCUGCGUAUUAGCUAUGUGUCUCAAUGGUUUGAUCGGUGGUCUUGGUAUGCACCAGCAAGACUACAGAUGUGAAAUAUUGGGGAUCAAAAUAGCAAGCGCCCUGAGGGGACUGGCGUACCACAAGGUAGGCACGAUCCUAAGGCUCAACCGAUUUCUCUAAUACCCUAAAAGCCCCAAAUUAAGCCGAACAAACUUGAACACGUUUAUCUAUCCGAUAAAGAAUUAUUUUUUUCUAGAAAUCUUAUCGAUUUUAAUCGGCUUAUGUCAUAUGCAGACCCGGAAGUAGAGAGUAAUUAAACAUCAUCGCCAGUUGCUGCCUAUACGAGAGUGAGCAAUCCUGUUAACCAACAAAAGAUUCGAAGAAACAAACAGUUAUUUAACCUGCCGUUAACUUGGAAGUAGGCUACAGAAACCAUAACGUAUACAGCCGCGCUUCUGAACGAGAUUCAAAAUGGUGCCGGAGUUGUCGCACCUUUUACAAAUUUAAAGAAAAUUUGGAGGUUUGGAUACUCUCGUCUCGAAACGCAGUCACAGUUGUCUUUAUGCCGGAGAUUUAAAUCGUAUGGUUUAUGGAACAACCUUCUUCUCUUAUGUCUAAUCUGUACACUCUUUCAGACGCUUCUACUCAGCAAGCAGACGUUACUGAAAUUCACUGCAGGACGCUUAUUCGAUCUGAUAUCCAAUGAUGUUAAAAGAAUGGAAGAAGAGACAGUCAAAUUGUUUUUCUCAGCCGCUUUCGCAGUUCCUGCUUAUGCAGGGGCAAUAUUCCUUAUUUACUAUAUAAUUGGUUGGCAGGCUGUUACGGGUGUGUUCUUCCUGUGUAUUCUUAUGCCAUACUUUGCCGUCUUGUCCUAUGCUAAUGCUAAGCUACGCUUGCGCACAGCUACAGUGUCCGAUCAGCGAAUCUCCUUAAUGAAUCAAGUAGUUUCGGGAAUCCGCGCGGUCAAAAUGCAUGCGUGGGAGGACGAAUAUAGACAAAAAAUAAAACAUAUAAGAAGGUAAGGUAAAUGAUCAUUUUUAUUCAGAAGUAGGCUCCAACAACUAGCAUUAUAUAUUCCCAUAAUUGUUGACCCAAAUUAUUCAAAACUCGAAAAUAGAUAACCAGAAAUCUGUUUCGUCUCCACUGGAGCUUUGUUAGCUAGGCAGUUUAAACAUGCCCACCCCCCCCUAAAAAAAAAAAGUCUGAUAUCUUCAUCAGUACCGAUCAGUAACCCGUUUCAUAACUGGAGGACUGGCCCGUCAAUUAAACAAUAUCAGUAUAUACUUAGUAGAUAGUGUUAAAAGAGCGCUCAAGUCGGUUACUCAAACUCCGAAUAUCCUUUGCAAUUCAUCUUGGAACGACUCCCGCGGGAUUUACGCCCGGAAAUAUUGUUAUCACUUUUAUCCAAGGGGGUGGAUAUCACCUCAUUCGUACGUUGUCGUGGGGCCGCAAAAGACGCACUUUUACAAAGAAGUAAACGAUGGGGAAGGGUACGCUUGCUUCCCGUUCACCUCGUUGAUAUUUCAAAUUAGAGAGAACACAGUCGACAAAUUGGUUCGACAGAAUGCCCACAUAACUUAUGAUAACCUUUUAUCUUCAGAAAUGAAAUUAACGUCAUUUCGAGGAGGACAGCCAUUCAGUCAAGUAUCGAUGCCUUGUCAUACAGUGCAACGCCACUGGCCACAUUGGUGUCAGUAAUUACUAUGGUGCUUACAGGGCAGACCCUCACGCCCGCCAAUAUUUUUACGCUCCUGUCGUUUAUGGGUGUUUUAAAAGUGAGUGGCAUGUUGAAUAUGACUCCUGGUUUAAUGUUAACGUAUGACGCCUACGUUUCACUCGGAAGAAUCGAAGAAUUCCUUCUUUUGGAAAAUCUGUUGGAAGCCUCGGAGAGUGAUGAAAGCAACGAGCCCCCACAAAAAGCGAAAAGUACCUCAGGUAACCAAAGUCGCAAUUACUUAAGAAAAGAAGAGGGAAAUAUCAGGAAUGUUUCCCUGUCUCGUGAAGCAACAGAAUUAGGGCCUACUAUACUAUGUGUGUCAAAUUUAAGCUACGCAAAAACGCAUCGUGAAGAUGAAUUUAUUCUUCAGGAUAUCAACUUCUUUGCACCUUCAAAGAGUUUAAUAGUCAUCACCGGCCCGGUUGGAAGUGGGAAGUCUACUCUGCUCUCAGCGAUCGCUGGUGAAAUUUCGAACGCCAGUGGUACCAUUGAUUAUGAAGGUUCUGUCAUUUACUUGCCUCAAACUGCUUGGGUAUUUUCGGGAACGAUAAAAGAAAACAUUUUGUUUGGCCAGUCCUACGAGGAGUCUAAGUACAAAAGAAUAAUCGACGUCUGUGCUCUGAAAGAAGACUUUCAGCGGUUACCUGAUGGUGACCAAACAGUUGUUGGAGAACGCGGCGAGGUUUUGAGUGGAGGGCAACAGGCGAGAGUAAGUUUAGCUCGUGCAGUUUAUGCUGACGGAGAUAUUUAUCUAUUGGAUGAUCCACUGAGUGCUGUCGAUUUUAAAGUUGGUCAACACAUCUUUAACAAGUGUAUCAAAGAUCUGCUAGGCGAUAAAAUCGUUCUGUUUGCCUCUCAUCAGCAAAAGCACAUGGAAAAUGCUGAUGAAGUGAUUGUGUUGUACAAAGGGAGUGUCCUCGACAAGGGACGCUUUACUGAGCUGCACGAAAAAGGUGUAAUUAAUUCAACUGUUGACCCGCUCUAUAAGACAGCUCUGAAGGACAAAACAGUCUUAUCCUUGCCAUUCUCCUGGGAAGAUAAGGAGGAACACAAUGAUGUUGAAAAGUGCUAUAGAACAUAUGCUGUGCCCGAUGAAGCGAGGGGUUUGGAGAUAGCAAAGGAGGAUCGUGCAAUCGGAGUUGUGACAUCCAGGCUUUAUUGGGACUAUUUCAGAAGUGGAGCACAUCCCUUCAUGAUAACUGGAAUGAUUGGUUUAAGUCUCAUUACUCAAGGUAAACUUAUUGUUAGAGUGAGUUACAAACCUUGGGUCAGGCCCUAAAAGGGAAGACAGGAAUCUUUUUUCUACAUUUCUUUUAUUCUAUUUCGUGCAAAUCAUUUCACAAUGGCUAUGCUUUUAACCAACAAUACACUUUGUUUAAGAUUAGAUGGUAGAGUUGAGAGACACUACACAAAUUUCUGACCAUGUUCCCGAUAUCUCACUUGCUCGUACAAGCGCAGGGCAAGUGCGAGUCGAACGUGAAUGGCGAGUCACGCGCGAAAGGAAGAGCUGAAGCCUUGCUCCUCGCGUUUGCCUCGCACUUGCCUCCACUCGCCUAAAAAAGGCCAAAAAGAGACCGAAAGCAGUUUUCUAACAAUAUUUGUAUGUAACAUGGUUGACUGCCUCAUCUAUUCUGUGACAAUGGGUGCUUACAUAAACAUCCCCAAGAUACAAACGAAAGUAGGUAACCCAGGUGAGUUGUGUCUGGGCCCAAUAAAUCUUAUAACGUAUAACUGAAUUAUCAUAUAGAAAUACCAUUCAACCACCUCGCCUUGAUCUUAUCUCUUUCAGCCAUCAUAGCUGCUCCAGACUUGUGGCUCUCGUUUCUUGCAAGGCUAAACCCAGAGGAUCAGAAGAAAAAGGCUUAUCUAUCUAUCUUCGCCUGUCUGGUUGGCGCGUGUUUUAUAUUUACUAUCAUUCGGGCUUAUGGAUUCCUCCUAGUUUUUCUAAAGUGCGCCGAGCGUCUUCACGAUAAAAUGGUUGUGGCCAUUUUACAAGCACCUGUCCUGUUCUUUGAUUCAAACCCAGUAGGAAGAAUCCUAAAUCGCUUCUCCAAUGAUAUUGGCUGCGUAGAUGAGUUGUUACCCAAAACAUUCCUGGCGGCAAUGCAGAGGGUCUUGGCGAUAUUUGUCCAAAUUCUGGUGACAGUUGCCACAAAUGUUUGGCUGAUGUUUCUUGUUGUUCCAAUUUCCGUGCUGGUCGUUUUUCUAUCCAAUUAUUACUUGAAGACUGCCAGAGAACUAAAGAGGUUAGAGUCGAUAUCCCGAAGCCCAGUAUUGGCUCAUUUUUCGGAGACCGUGAUAGGGCUGGACACGAUUCGUACCAGAGGAAGACAGAGAGAUUUUGUGGAUACACUUUACAGGUAUGUGUGAGACAUUGAUUCGGUGUGUGAUGCCAGAGCCGAUAAAUAUACAGGGCACAAAUGGCUCAUAAUUGCUCGUUUCCUGUGAGCUAUUUAUUUUACAUACAUCCUUCUGAUAGGGUUUCAACAGACCCAUAAUAUGAACAGUCAGUCAAAAAAAUCGCGGGAUGCAGAAAUUUCACGAUAAGUCAAAACUGUAACAAGUUUAUGGAACGUGAUUGAUUAUCACCAGCCCGAUUUGAGCACUAUCAGGACAGUGUAAGUGUCAUGCUUGUAAUUGGACAGUGUAGUAGGACAGUUGACGAGUCAUGCCUGCUUGUAAGUGUAUGCGCGCUGUUGUCGCGCAUUUCGCCAAGUUUUUUUUUUUAAAGAAAACGUAUAACUGUUGUCUAGUUUCUUUCUUUAAUUUUGUCAUAGUUGUGAUAAAUUGGUAAGAGAACGUCAUGUCGUCCAAUUCUGUUUUUAAUCAUACUUGUGAAUGAAAAAAAAACAGACUCCCGCUUCGCAGUCGUCCGCCUUUGUUAAUCACUUGUAUGAUUACGGACCGAAUUGGACUUCACUUAGUCCUAUAACCAUUAUGGGUUUAACAGGAAAUACAGACGGGUGCAGUUUCUUUUUUUCCUUUGGAUAAAUGCUAUACUUAGUAUGCAAGAUGUAGUUGUGAUAGUGAACAAUUAAGAAUUGUUUUGUUGUUGGUUUUUUUUUUCAAUUUAGCACUUAUAAUGGCAAAGUAUCCAUAUCGUUAACAAACUCGGCUCUAGCUCCCUUCAUCUGGACAGAUGAAGCGUACUUAAGAAUGAGAUGUGGUUACGGAAGUGAUAUUUCCGAUACUUAGCUAGAAGGUUGUGGAUGUUUCUUGGAGAGUAACAUCUUUUUGAGAGGGUGGGGUGUUGGGCGGAAUUUUUUGAAAGGCUCCGUUACAUUGUCAGGCCAAAUGAGACACUGGUCUCACUUCAAUGUGCAGACUCGAUGUAAUCAACUUAGAGUGUAUUUUGGAGUGAUGGUGGUAAAAAAAAUACAAUUUGAAAACAACAAGCCAAUCAGAACAAAAGAAAAGAUCACAAGUAGUGAAAGAGGACUUAAUGUAAAAACGAGGAAACGGCAUUGAGCGCGGGAAAACGCGCACGACCAAGCUAAGAGGCGGUUGGUUUUGCGCGAGUUUGCCGGACGAAUCACGAGGCAAAGUGUUUCAAAGCGUCUACAAUCUGGUUUAUUUUCGUUGGUCAACUAAUCAUGGAAAAUCACUCCAUUAUUAAAAAAUUAAUUGUGAUCAACACUCGUCCCUUCAGAUAUCAAGAUGUUCAUAAUAAGGCGUACAUUAUGGUGAUGGCCAGCAAUAGGUGGCUCGGUGCACGUUUGGAUUGUCUCGCUUCCUUGUUAGUCGGUGCAGUUGCUCUGGCUGCAAUUUUGGUAUCUCAAGAUGCCGGUAAGCUCAAGACUCUUAGUAACGUUUUAGUAAAGAAUCUAUAUAGUCAUGUAAUAACACAGCAUGAACUAAUGAAAAAUAAAAUAAGUAUGAAAAUACUUGCACUCUUGUUAUAAACGGGUGGUUUCUAAACACGACAGAAACGUGAGAGUCACUCGGGUGGUGUUUUAUGAUUCAAAACGGGAAACUUGGGUUGAUAAUUCCUCUGCACUUACUUAGCUUGGAGUCAAAACUACAACACUAAUUUGUUACCUUCCAUUAAGUGAUUCCCUGGAGUAGGCUAAGUCACCAAGCCUUGUUAAGUUUUCGUUAAAUGUUUUAAGCCAUCAAGAGAAAACUAAUCAAGAAUUUAUAAAUUCAAACUCCAAUUUUUUUUCAGCUUACGCUGGUCUCGCUCUUGUUUACGUCAUCCAAACUCUGAGCUCGACUCAAUACGCUGUUAGAAAAACCUCCGAAGUGGAAAACUACAUGACGUCAGUUGAGCGAGUUAUGACCUACACCAAACUUGACCGGGAGCCUGGAUACGAGGAAGAACGAACACCGCCAAAAGACUGGCCUCGGAGAGGAAGUAUUGUGUUCAGAGAUGUAUCACUGACCUACUAUCCGGGGGGACCUCAAGUGCUGAAGAACAUCAAUCUUAACAUCAAAGGAGGAGCAAAGAUCGGAGUUGCCGGCCGGACAGGAGCUGGAAAGUCAUCUUUUGUAGCAGCUCUUAUGCGCAUGCCUGAUGCUGAUGGAGAGAUUAUCAUCGACGGUGUUCCAAUUAAAGAGAUAGGCCUCCAACAAGCCCGACGAGGUAUCUCGGUUCUUGGCCAAAGUCCUGUUCUUUUUAGUGGAUCAUUGAGAAAAAAUCUCGACAUUUUAGACAAGUUUCAAGAUGCUGAAAUAUGGCAGGCUUUAGAGGAUGUCCAACUAAAAGAUUUUGUCAAGACACUUGCGGCCAAGCUCGAUCACGAACUGCUGGAACAUGGCGCUAAUGUGAGUGUUGGAGAGCGGCAGUUAGUUUGCUUGGCCCGUGUGCUGCUACAGCGAAGUAAAAUCGUCGUCUUGGACGAGCCAACUGCGCAUGUUGACCCAGACACAGAGCAGACGGUUUGGAAUGUAGUGCGGGACAAACUGAAGGAGUCAACUGUCAUCACUAUAGCUCAUCGUUUGAACACGAUAAAAGACUGCGAGAAGAUUUUGGUCUUGAAAGAUGGAAAAGUUAAAGGAUUUGACAAAUUUGAUUCAAUAAUGAACAUGAAGUGAGAUGUCGUCUAAGGUUAAAAUACCUCGAAUGUCACGCAGGUCUGAUCCUACAAAGCUCAAGAUAUUAGUAUUUGUAAUCACAUGAUUUCGAGUGCAAUAAAUAAGGACGUGUAAUUUUUUUUAAAGACUAACAAAAUUGCACGAGCCCGUAGGGCCAGUGCAAUUUGUGGUUUUUGAAAAAAUUAACAAGCACUCCUUUAUUCCGAAUUGCACGAGAAAAAUAAUGUGAUUAUGUAUUAAUAAUAUACAUGAAAACAUACAAGAUAGCUUAUCAAAAUUAUGCAGAAGUAAACAGCGCGCAUCAAGUGUAGAAACAAUUUAUUCAAACCAACCGCGUACGAUCAAAACAAUAAUAUACACCGAUAUUUUCACAUCUUUAAGGCACAAAAAAGUUUAAAGCCCGGCUAAACAGUUUAAGGAAUUGUUCAGUCUGUGCCCGAAUCACUUUCAAUAAAAUGGAAUCGUCGUUUGCGAGGUUUAACCAUGUCUGUUUUUAAUUUCGGCGUAAAAUCGCUCGAGUAAAGUGUUCAGCUGGGUCGGCUCGUAAUUUUCGAUUUCCUUAGCAAUUCCUAUCUCUAAACACCACUUUUUCCAAACUGACAACUAAAAAGCAGUGCUGUUAGAGCAGUGUUGCUAGAGAUAUUUUUCAGUUGUUGUAUUGUUGUUGAGGUGGCGAAAGAAAACCUACUGAAAACGUCGGCCAUUAUGUUAUAAGAACAGAAAAACCUGCACACUAGGCGCAAGCGAGUGUGUCACCGAUGUUCCUACUGCCCUAUGACGUCCUCUGUGAUCUGUUAAUGAACAAACCCAC